AUGUCAAGAGUAGCGGAGCCUAGUGUACUCCACAUUGGGUCCCGACGCAGUGAUUUAGCCCGGCUACAGACUUUGAUGAUUGCAGACUUGCUGCAGGAUGAGAUGGGGGUUAAGGUUGAAUGUCAUUACCGCGAAGCCCCGGGUGAUACGAAUUUAAAAGAUCCGCUUUGGAAGAUGCCGGAGACCGGUGUCUUCACCAGUUUCUUACGCGAUGGGCUUAUGAAUGGUGCCUUCGAUUUGGUGGUCCAUUCAUGGAAAGAUCUUCCCUUGGCUGAGGAGUCCGGUACAACAGUAGUAGCCACACUGCCACGAGCCGACCCCAGGGACUUACUCCUCAUACGUCGAGAUGCUAUCGAGGAAAUGACAUCAGAAGGAGGCAAAUUGAUUGUGUUAUCAUCGUCCCCUCGACGACAGUUCAACUUAACACCUUUCCUGGAGAGUGUGGUUCCUGGGGUCACCUCAGUUCAGUUCCGAGACGUCCGGGGGAACAUCCAGACUCGUAUGAAGAAGUUGAUGGACCCGACCAUACACGACGAGAGUCUUGGUUGUCGUCCCCACGGCUUGGUGGUUGCUAAGGCAGCAGUGGACAGGUUUAUACGCAGUACGAGAGAGGAGUUCAAAGAGAGUCGGCAACUCGUACAGGGAUACAUAUCUGAGUGCCGCUGUAUGGUAUUGCCUUUGUCUGCUAACCCCACUGCUGCAGCCCAGGGAGCCUUGGGUAUUGAGGUCAGUACGGCACCGGAGAAGGAGCAUGUUAGGAAGAUUGUGAGGAGUCUCAAUGAUCGGAGUACAUUCGAUGCGGCGUCGAAAGAAAAGGAGCUUUUGAAUUCAUACGGUGGAGGUUGCCAUCAGAAGAUCGGCUGUACCAUCCUUCCUCGACAAUAUGGAGAUGUGUUGUUCUUAUGUGGCCGAACUGAUAAUGGAUUGGACCUUCUAGACCGGCACAUCAAGCCAAGGAUACCUCUACUAGAGGACUUACAUCUGAGGGAAGGAGAAGACCCUCCGCCCCUGCAGGUUGGUGGCGCUGGUGGAUUGUCUUUAUUCGAUAGGGAAGAGGAUCCCCAGGCCGGUGGGAAGCUCAUUGAAGCACUCAGGAAGGGAGAUCGUGAGGUGGGCCUUUGGAUUGCCAAAGCAUCGGCUUUACCGUCGUCCCCUACCACUCUAAUAGAGUCCAUCAAUGAGCUCAAUGUCCCAGUAUGGGUUGCCGGCACCACCACUUGGAGGCACCUCGCUAAGCGUGGCCUCUGGUGCACUGGUACGGCCGAUGGUCUGGGGGAGAAGGAAGAUCCUGAUAUCUCCGCUAUUGCUCCAACCCUCAAGAGGUGGAUAAAAGUCACACACUGUGACGCUGGUGAACGGCAACAUGUUUCGAGUGGAGAGGCUCAUCGGAAGGAUACACUCGGCACAUACACUCUAAAGUCAAAGUAUACCCCUCAAACCUGUCCCUCUGAUCUUAAGACGGCCACACAUAUAUUCUGGGGAAGCGGCUCUGCGUAUGCCGAGGCAGUGAGGUUGGUAGAAGACCUCAACAACAGAGUUGAAGUCCAUGGUUGCGGUCCCGGCCAUACAUUUGAUGCCCUGCGGGAUGCCGGCAUUCCGGAAGAGAGAAUAGUUAUUGUUCUCAACUUCUCGGAGUUUGUCGAUAGAGUGUAUAAGCCGAAGACUCGAUAGUGAAGGAUUAGAAUCUUCCCAUUCCUCGAUUA